GUGAUAUUUAAAUAUACUGACAUAUUUAACCCAUAGAUUGUCAUCAGUUAUUUAGUAUACAUUACUAUAGAAAACACAAGUAAAAAUGGAGAACUGGCAAUUAAUAUAUUUUUUUUUGAUAAUUUCCUGUUUGACAUUUAACGAAGGUAAUAAAAUUAAAUAUUCAAAUGAAAAAAAUAUAUGCCCGUUUGAAAAAGAUACGAAAAUAAAAAUUGCUAAAGUUAUUGAUAUUGAAACAUUAAAACUAGCUCACAAGAGUAGUUGCGAAUUGAACGAGAAUACAACUAUAAACGCUGCUGUAAAUGGGCAUUUAGAAUGUUUAAAAUAUGCACAUGAAAAUGGAUGCCCAUGGGAUGAAGACACAGCCGAAGCAGCUGCAAAAUAUGGUAAUGUAGAAAACUUAAAAUAUGUUUAUAAAAACGGCUGUCAAUGGGAUAAAAGAACAACAAGCGCUGCUGCUGCAUAUGGGCACUUAGAAUGCUUAAUAUAUGCACAUAAAAACGGAUGUCCAUGGGAUGAAGGCACAACUGAAGCAGCUGCAAAAUAUGGUCAUUUAGAUUGUUUAAAAUAUUUACAUGAAAAUGGCUGUCCAUGGGAUGAAUACACAACUAGAGAAGCUGCUGCUAAUGGUCAUUUAAAAUGUCUAGUAUAUGCCCAUGAAAAUGGAUGUCCUUGGUAUGAAGGAAUAACAAGGAUUGCUGCUGGGAAUGGCCAUUUGGACUGUUUAAAAUAUGCACAUAUAAAUAAAUGUGAUUGGGAUGAUACAAUAAUGGAACUAGCGGCUGCUAAUGGUGAUUUAGAAAUUUUAAAAUAUUUACAUGAAAAUGGCUGUCCAUGGGAUGAAUACACAACUAGAGAAGCUGCUGCUAAUGGUCAUUUAAAAUGUCUAGUAUAUGCCCAUGAAAAUGGAUGUCCUUGGUAUGAAGGAAUAACAAGGAUUGCUGCUGGGAAUGGCCAUUUGGACUGUUUAAAAUAUGCACAUAUAAAUAAAUGUGAUUGGGAUGAUACAAUAAUGGAACUAGCGGCUGCUAAUGGUGAUUUAGAAAUUUUAAAAUAUUUACAUGAAAAUGGCUGUCCAUGGGAUGAAUACACAACUAGAGAAGCUGCUGCUAAUGGUCAUUUAAAAUGUCUAGUAUAUGCCCAUGAAAAUGAAUGUCCAUGGGAUGAUGGUAUAACAUGGGUUGCUUCAGAGAAUGGACAUUUUGAAUGCUUAAAAUAUGCACAUGAAAACGGAUGUCCAUUAAAUGAUAGUAUAACAUGGGUAGCUUCAGAGAAUGGACAUUUUAAAUGCUUAAAAUAUGCACAUGAAAAUGGAUGCAAAUGGGCCAUCGGCACAACUGAAGCUGCUGCUAAAAGAGGUAACCUUGAUUGUUUAAAAUAUGCUGUUGAAAAUGGAUGUCAUUGGGAUGAGGGUACAACCAGAGUUGCUGCAGCAGGUGGUUAUUUAGAUUGCUUAAUCUAUGCCCAUCAAAAUGGAUGCAAAUGGGAUGAAGGCACAACAAGAGCUGCAGCAUUAGGAGGGUACAUUAAUUGUUUAAAAUAUGCUCAUGAAAAUGGAUGUGACUGGGAUAUAGGGACAACUAGAGUUGCUACUGUGGGCGGUCAUUUAAACUGCUUAAUAUAUGCUCAUGAAAAUGGUUGUCCAUGGGAUGAUCAUAUAACAAGAGUUGCUGUUGAAUAUGGCCAUUUAGAAUGUUUAAAAUAUGCACAUGUAAAUAAAUGCGAAUGGGAUGAAACAAUAACGGAAUUAGCUGCUACUAAUGGUGAUUUAGAAAUUUUAAAAUAUUUACAUGAAAAUGGCUGUCCAUGGGAUGAAUACACAACUAGAGAAGCUGCUGCUAAUGGUCAUUUAAAAUGUCUAGUAUAUGCCCAUGAAAAUGGAUGUCCUUGGUAUGAAGGAAUAACAAGGAUUGCUGCUGGGAAUGGCCAUUUGGACUGUUUAAAAUAUGCACAUAUAAAUAAAUGUGAUUGGGAUGAUACAAUAAUGGAACUAGCGGCUGCUAAUGGCGAUUUAGAAAUUUUAAAAUAUUUACAUGAAAAUGGCUGUCCAUGGGAUGAAUACACAACUAGAGAAGCUGCUGCUAAUGGUCAUUUAAAAUGUCUAGUAUAUGCCCAUGAAAAUGGAUGUCCUUGGUAUGAAGGAAUAACAAGGAUUACUGCUGGGAAUGGCCAUUUGGACUGUUUAAAAUAUGCACAUAUAAAUAAAUGUGAUUGGGAUGAUACAAUAAUGGAACUAGCGGCUGCUAAUGGUGAUUUAGACAUUUUAAAAUAUGCACAUGAAAAUGGUUGUCCAUGGGAUGAAUACACAACUAGAGAAGCUGCUGCUAACGGUCAUUUAAAAUGUCUAGUAUAUGCCCAUGAAAAUGGAUGCCCUUGGAAUGAUGGUAUAACAUUAGAAGCUACAAAAAAUGGCGAUUUAGAAAUUUUAAAAUAUGCACAUGAAAAUGGAUGCCCAUGGGAUAAUAGCAUAACUAAAGUGGCUACCGAAAGUGGUAAUUUAGAAAUUUUAAAAUAUGCACAUGAAAAUGGUUGUCCAUGGGAUGUUGGUAUAACUAAAGUGGCUACCGAAAGUGGUAAUUUAGAAAUUUUAAAAUAUGCACAUGAAAAUGGUUGUCAAUGGGAUGACGACUUACUUACUGUGGCUAUUAAAAGAAGUAGUAUAGAAAUUUUAAAGUAUCUAAAUGAGAAUGGAUGUCUAUGGGAUGAAAAAACAACUACAACUGCUGCAUGUUAUGGUAAUUUAGAAUACUUAAAGUAUGUUCAUGAAAACGGAUGUAAAUGGGCCAUUGGCACAACUAAAGCUGCUGCUUUUACAAGGAAUUUUGAUUGUUUAAAAUAUGCACAUGAAUAUGGAUGUUCAUGGGAUUAUGACACAACUAGAGUUUCUGCAGCUAGUGGUUGUUUAGACUGUUUAAAGUAUGCUCAUGAAAAGGAGUGUCCAUGGGAUGAAAGAACAUCAGUUACAGCUGCCGUGCAUGGUAAUUUAGAUUGUUUAAAAUAUGCUCAUGAACAUGGAUAUAAAUGUAUUGAAGGAACAAUGAGAGGGGCUGCUGCGAAUCGAAAUGUAGGAUGCCUCAAAUAUGCCUAUGAAAAUGGUUGUGAAUGGGAUGAAGGCACAACAAGGGAAGCUGCUGCGAGUGGUUGCAUUAGUUGUCUGAAAUUUGCUCAUGAAAAUGGAUGUAAUUGGGAUGAAGGAACAAUAGCUACCGCUGCCAUGCGUGGUAAUUUAAAUUGCCUAAUAUAUGCCCACGAAAAUGGUUGUAAAUGGGAUGAAGGCACUACAAGACUUGCUGCUGCAAAUCGUCAGUAUCAUUGUUUAAAAUAUGCACAUGAGCAUAAUUGUCCAUGGAGUAGAAAUACCAUUUAUGAAGCUACUAUAAGAGGCUUUUUUGAUAUAACCAGUUAUGCGUAUGGAAAUAACUGCCCUAAUUAGUUUUCUGAUAAAAUAUAGUUUAUUUUUUAAUUGUCUUAAGCUAAAAUAAUAAUAAUUUUAUUGAUUACAUUUAUGCCAUUUUAUUUGCUUAAUAAAUACUCUUUUUGAAAGUAUAACUAAAAUUCUUAAAAAAAUAUUUUUCCGAAUUUUGUUAUUAUAUUACGUAAUUAGUAAUAAAUGCAUCUAAAACUCAAAAUUCUAUAUUAUCUAUAGUUUAAACUUAAAAUUUUAGCUUCGAUGAGAAGCUGAGAAGGUAUUGGUUUUACUAUGAUGUGUUUU